ACAUAACACAAGUCUUGUGUCUUUCUGUAGCACUAUUUGCAGCUGUUCAAAUCCCACAAGUCACGUAAUGUGGCCACUUUUUAUUAUGAUAUUCUGGGUAUGGUGAAUCAAAAAAAAAAAAUGUAUUAAAUUAAUGAGGCUUUUCAAAACCAUUGUACUGUAUGUAAAAAGGAAAGUGGAAUUCAGUGGGAAAAACAGCACUGGAGUGUGCUUCCCCUGGAGCAAAACGUAAAUAGUUAAUUUUGGCCUCUGUUUUACUUGGAGACCACAAGAGGCUGAUUAUGUAACCAUGAACUCCUGAACCGUGUGCACAGCUGUAGACAUGUUAGCUUGAGGUACACUAGAGGACUAUCCAAAGCAUUGCUCCAAAUAAUCUGUCCUCGGGCCAAGAUGAUUUUUUAUUCCUUCUACGAGCUGUUCACUUUUAAAGAGUGGCUGAUUUUCACUGCAGUUCUCUUGUUUUUUAUUCAUAUUAUUUGGAACAAAAAUUCACCUAACUUUCCUCCUGGACCUCUGCCUUUUCCUUUCCUGGGAAAUGUCUUUACAGGAGGUGACUAUAAAACGAUGAAUAAGAUGAGAGGGUUUUUUUUGUAAGUCUAAUAAUGACUAUAGGAACAAAGUGAUAACUAUUUGUACUGUAACAGUCUUAAACAAAUGAACUUAAAUAUUUAUAGUGCAAUCUAUAUUAGUAAAUCAUAUGCUUUUAAUAUCUUUAAACAGGUACACUAUGCUAAACUAGUGUUGAAUCAGUUCUUACAGAAUAGCAUUUGUUUGAAAGGUUAAGUCUGUGGUUAAACAUAAACAUUAGGUGGUAUCACUUUCAAUACACAUUGAUUGUAUGUUAAAAUUUCUUUUUUUCUCCCAGUUAGCAGAAAAGUAUGGGAACGUUUUCAGUCUCAGGAGAGGUUCUACCAAAAUUGUGUAUGUUUCUGGAUAUAAGAUGGUGAAAUUCAAGGAGAAAGCGUUGCUCGUUGUGUUCAACCUUUAUUUGAUUAAAUUUACAAAGGCAGAGCUUGAGGUGAGAGCAUGGCGGUUUUAUCUAAGGAAUAUGGCUUUGUGCUGCUGACUGGAACAGCUUCCAUUUUCCAGUUGACCUAUCUGUCCUAUGCUGUGGUGAAGGCUCGCAAAAAAUACAAUGUGAAGUAUCCCACGAUGUACAGCGAUGACCCAGAGAAUGGCCAUAUCUUCAACUGCAUCCAGAGAGUUCACCAGAAUACUGUUGAAGUCUUGCCAUCCUUCCUGUUCUUCUUGGCUGCUGGAGGCAUAUACCAUCCACGUCUGGCCAGUGUUUUGGGAAUAAUCUGGAUUGCUGGUAGAGCAGUGUAUGCACAUGGAUACUCCUCUGGAGUUCCUGAGAAAAGGAUGCGUGGAGCUUUUGGGUACGUGGGUCUGCUGGGUCUAUUACUGUGUACUAUGGACUCUGCCAUAACCAUGCUGGGAUGUGGCUGCCAACCCAAGUGGCCCAGAGGGAUGUUUAAAACCCUCUAAAUAAAACAGACACACUAUUACUGUAUGUUUCGUUUUAAUGUGCGACUGAUGUUGUUAGUAAAAUAAAGUCAAUAAUAUGA